GGCUAAAUAUGUCCAAGGAGAUACAUGGUGUGCCUCAGUGAUGUCUCCUGCUACUUUUCCCUUCUGGAGGGUGGUCGGCCAGAAGACAAGUUAGAAUUCACCUUCAAGCUGUACGACACGGACAGAAAUGGGAUCCUGGACAGCUCAGAAGUGGAAAAAAUUAUCCUACAGAUGAUGCGAGUGGCUGAAUACCUAGAUUGGGAUGUGUCUGAGCUGAGGCCGAUUCUUCAGGAGAUGAUGAAACAGAUUGACUAUGAUGGCAGUGGCUCUGUCUCUCAAGCUGAGUGGGUCCGGGCUGGGGCCACCACCGUGCCACUGCUAGUGCUGCUGGGCCUGGAAAUGACUCUGAAGGACGAUGGACAGCACAUGUGGAGGCCCAAGAGGUUCCCCAGACCAGUCUACUGCAAUCUGUGCGAGUCCAGCAUUGGUCUCGGCAAACAGGGGCUGAGCUGUAACCUCUGUAAGUACACUGUUCACGACCAGUGUGCCAUGAAAGCUCUGCCUUGUGAAGUCAGCACCUAUGCCAAGUCUCGGAAGGACAUUGGUGUCCAAUCACAUGUGUGGGUGCGAGGAGGCUGUGCGUCCGGGCGCUGCGACCGCUGUCAGAAAAAGAUCCGAAUCUACCACAGUCUAACUGGGGUGCACUGUGUAUGGUGCCACCUAGAGAUCCACGAUGACUGCCUGCAAGCGGUGGGCCAGGAGUGUGACUGUGGGCUGCUCCGGGAUCACAUCCUGCCUCCAUCUUCCAUCUAUCCCAGUGUCCUGGCCACUGGAUCGGAUCGUAAAAAUAGCAAAACAAGCCAGAAGACCAUGGAUGAUUUGAGCACCUCUGAGGCUCUGCGGAUUGACCCUGUUCCUAACACCCACCCACUUCUUGUCUUUGUCAAUCCUAAGAGUGGCGGGAAGCAGGGGCAGAGGGUGCUCUGGAAGUUCCAGUACAUACUAAACCCUCGACAAGUGUUCAACCUCCUAAAGGAUGGUCCUGAGAUAGGGCUCCGAUUGUUCAAGGAUGUUCCUGAUAGCCGGAUUUUGGUGUGUGGUGGAGACGGCACAGUAGGCUGGAUUCUAGAGACCAUUGACAAAGCUAACUUACCAGUUUUGCCUCCUGUUGCUGUGUUGCCCCUGGGUACCGGCAAUGAUCUGGCUCGAUGCCUAAGAUGGGGAGGAGGGUAUGAAGGACAGAAUCUGGCAAAGAUCCUCAAGGAUUUAGAGAUGAGUAAGGUGGUACAUAUGGAUCGAUGGUCCGUGGAGGUGAUACCCCAACAAACUGAAGAAAAGAGUGACCCGGUCCCCUUUCAAAUCAUCAACAACUACUUCUCCAUUGGUGUGGAUGCCUCUAUUGCUCAUCGAUUCCACAUCAUGCGAGAGAAAUAUCCUGAGAAGUUCAACAGCAGAAUGAAGAACAAGCUAUGGUACUUCGAAUUUGCCACAUCUGAAUCCAUCUUCUCAACAUGCAAAAAGUUGGAGGAAUCUUUGACAGUUGAGAUCUGUGGGAAACCGCUGGAUCUUAGCAACCUGUCCCUAGAAGGCAUCGCAGUGCUGAACAUCCCUAGCAUGCAUGGUGGCUCCAACCUCUGGGGUGAUACCAAGAGACCCCAUGGGGAUAUCUGUGGGAUCAACCAGGCCUUAGGUGUUACAGCUAAAGUCAUCACUGACCCUGAUAUCCUGAAAACCUGUGUACCAGACCUAAGUGACAAGCGACUGGAAGUAGUGGGGCUGGAGGGCGCGAUUGAGAUGGGCCAGAUCUAUACCAAGCUCAAAAAUGCUGGACGUCGGCUAGCCAAAUGCUCUGAGAUCACCUUCCACACCACAAAAACCCUUCCCAUGCAAAUUGACGGAGAACCAUGGAUGCAGACGCCCUGUACAAUCAAGAUCACCCACAAGAACCAGAUGCCCAUGCUCAUGGGCCCACCCCCCCGCUCCACCAAUUUCUUUGGCUUCUUGAGUUAAGGGGGACACCCUUGGCCUCCAAACCAGCCUUGAACCCACCUCCCUGUCCCUGGACUGGACUCCCGAAGCUCUGUACAUUGCUGCCACACACUCCUGCCAGCUCGGAGUGUUCCUUCACCCUCACAGUAUUUAUUAUCCUGCACCACCUCACUGUUCCUCAUGCGCACACAUGUACACACACCCCAAAACACAUACAUUGAAAGUGCCUCAUCUGAAUAAAAUGACUUGUGUUUUCCCAUUGGAAUCUGCUAA